AUGGAGAGCCUUACGGUCGAGGCCGGCGCGCCCGCCGCGGCGGUGCCCGAUGACCGCUGCCGGCCCCCGCCGCAAGCCUCCGGUUUGCUGGACGAGGCGGAGGCGGCUGCGGCGCCGUACCCGUGCGGCUACUGCGGCGCGUUCCACGGCAGCGAGACCGGCUACUGCGCCGCGUGCUCCAGGAGCUGGCUCAAGCCCGAGAUCGCCGCGCGGGCCGCGCGGUUCCAGCGGCGCGCGUACCUCGCGCUCGUGACGAUGAUGAUGAGCUACUUCGAAACGGACGACAAAGCCGUGCUUUCGGUGUUCUGCGGCUCGAUCGGGCUCGUCGUAUUCUUCUGGUUCCUCACAAAAAGCGUCGCGACGGCCGCGCCGGAGUGGAUCGCGCCCCUCGUCGUCUUAUUCCUGGCGGCGGUGUACGUGAUCCCGACGAUCCGGCGCAUGGUCGUGCUCAUCGAGGACGUCGACGAAAUCAGUGCGCUCUUCGAACGCACAUGGCGGGAGCACGAAAACGACGAAAAGAAGGGCCCGGCGCCAGCCAAGCUCGCUGGCGCGCUGAGCCAGCCGACGGCCGACCUGCGCCGGCUCUACGUGCUGGCGCGCGCGCGCGUCGGAGGCUUCGAAGUGGACGUCGUUGAGCGCCUGGCGCGCGCGGGCCGCACACCGGCGGAGUCGUCGCGCGAGACGCGCGGGCCGCAGCUCAAGGGCCUCCUCCGGGCUCGCGAGAAGAUCGCGAUGGACUACGGCGGCGACGUGAGCCGCCUACGAGAUAUCCUCCGCGCCUCGAUCGUCUGCGAGACGGUGGACGAGUUGCGGACGCUCGGCGACGAGCUCGCGGCCCUCGAGGUGGCCGGGACCGUCCGCGUCGUCCAGGUCAAGAAUCGUUUCGUGGGCGCACCGACGCCUUCAGGCUAUCGCGACGUCAACGUGAGCACGAUCUAUCACGGGCUCCUCUGCGAGAUCCAGAUCCAUCUCGAGCCAAUCCUGGCCAUCGCGGACCAGCAGCACGUCGCCUACGAAGCCGCGCGGGAGCUGGAUCUCAUGGGGGCCCUGGAGAAACCCACCGAGGCGACGCACGAGACCUCGAGCCGCCCUCUCCGCUGGGGCUACGUCGCGGCGCGACUCGUGCCCGCGGUGCUGAGCGCGGCCAUCGGGUGGCUCUACGUCGACGCGUUCGUGCUCAAGGGCGCCGACUCGCUGGUAACGCGCGCGGUGUUGCUGCCGACGCGGGGCUUCUCAAGGCCCUACGUCGUCCUGCGUCUGUACGGCCUGGCGCUGGCGGCGCCGUACGCGGCGAACACGUUUCUGUUGCUCCGAGCGGCGGGAUGCUUCGGCGAGCGAGCGCGGUGCCAGCGGCGCGAGAAGACGCGAGUCGCGCUGCUAUACGAGCGCUACUUUGGGUACGAGGGCACGUACUUCGUGUGGAAGGUGUUCUGGUUUCAGAUGUUCGAAGUCGUCCUGCAGGCGUACGGAAAGGUCCCACUAUUCCUGACCUACAUGAACCCGUUCGAGGGUCUCAAGCGCGGCCGCGACGAGGUUUCGGUGGGCGAUUCGGCGCGCAAUCUUUCCAAAAGCGGAAGCGGGUUGCACGUCUUCGUCGUUGUGUUUCUUUGCGCGCUGCUGUUCAACGUCCUGUAUCCGACGUUUCUAGGAAGAUGUCAAUACGGACGCGGCGUUUUGCGCCGAAUACGAACACGUGCAGGCGGGGUUACGGCCGUGCAGCUACUACUGCGAGCAGAACAAGUGCAAACCAGUUGGUGAGACGAAUCUUACCCGCGCCGAGCUCCUGGACGCGCAGGGGAGAAUAGAAGGCUACGAAUACACGGUCACGGGCUCGUACGAGGCUCGUUACCGGUUUUACGACAGCUACCCCGGCACGGGAACGGAUCAAGACUCGACGGACGACGGGAUGUGGGCCGUGGAGCAGGAAGUCUGCGAGCGCAUGGGCGGCUCGAUCGUCGCGAUCAACUCGGAGGCGGAGAGCCAGGUGGUGAACACCAUCGUGGGGUGCGAACCCACAGACGUGGGGUGGGUAGAUGUGUGGAUCGGCUACCGCGCCGCCGCUAGUAGUUCGACGUGGGAGUGGGCAUCUGGCGAAACAUCUGAUUUCACUGUGUGGCGCGCGGGCGAGCCCCAGGCCGAGGCCCAGGCGGUUCCGCGGUGUGCCUUUCUCACCACCGACGAUCAGACUCGCUCCUACACUACGCGAGAAUGGCGAGAGGCCGAUUGUAGUACUGCUACGAUGACGAAAGGAUGGAACAAACCGUUGCUUUGCGAACUCGGAACGGGUACAGCGGAGUGGCCGACGGCCGCCCCGACCACAUCGGCACCGACUGCCCUUGUUACUGGUGGCGCAUGCUUUAACACCACGACGGGGUCUUUUUCAUGCGGGGUGGACGAAACAACGUGUACCAAUCAAGGAUAUAUCACCUGGAUGGCGCCCGGGUACGUGACGCGCUCAGAUGAUGAAAUAGUUAUGCCCAUUUUUACACCAAAAUGACCUACCACCACCACCUACCACCACCCCGAGAUCAUUUGAAAGGUUGGUCGGAAUGUAAGCGUGGGGUGUCCACGUCUGGAUGGGGAGAUUUACGUCGAAAUUUAUUUUCCUGAUGUACCCCCUAGGAACGUCGGUUUCGGCGAUUUUUCGGGGAAGGUUCGGGUUUGUGUUGCGCACAAUUGGCAAAAAGGGGCACAUGGUUAUGACCCAUUUUUAUCAACGAAAUGUGUUUUUUCGUGUCUGAAAAUUUUCGCUCGUCUUAGAGCGAAAAUCUUGCAGAUUAGAGGAAAAACAGGUCAUUUUGGUGUAAAAAUGGGCAUAACUAUUUCAUCAUCGGUGGCUGUUGCAUCUGCAGGGAAGACUGUGACCAUGCGCUUGAGACGGGUACUGACUGCGAGGGGCAAUAUGCUGAUUAGUAAGUUUCUGUUAAUGUAAUGUCGACCUUGGGCAGCUUCCGACGUUCUGAUCUUCUAGCUCCCGGCCGCCUUUUAACUUAAGAGUAGUACUAGUACGAGUGCUAGUAUAGACUUCGGUUCGGGGGUCAUCGGUUAAUAUUACAGAGCCCCUACACCGUUAUUUACUUGCCGUGUACUGGCGACCGGGGGCCAGUCGCGUGCGAAUCAUUGACCGUCGGAUGAUCAGAGUGGAAGCAUAUACGCUUCUCCGUGGGAAGGGACCGGACUUUAGUAGCGAGCUCGAGUUGGUGGACCACUGUGACCAUUUUGGGCUUAAUUGAUUGAUUUACUUGAGUCGGCCUAG